AUGCUAAGAUGGGUAGCGGUGGGGGCGGCGACGGUGGUGGCGAUGGUGGGAUGGAGGCGCAUGCAGGCGCAGGUGGCUAGAGGGAGACGGGACAAGGAGAAGAUCGUGUUGCACGUGACGUCGUGGGAAGGAAUGAGGGUGCUGUCUGCAUCCAAGCUUGAACGAUGGAUUUCCAGGGUCAAGGAAGCGAAAUCCUCUCGCUUCGCUCCCAUCGAAAUGGAAAUUUCUGAAGAGACCUUUCGCAGCUUGUUGAAGAGGCGCAACGUCACUAUCCAUGGCUUCGGGAGUGGCGAGCUCGGAAGGGGUCAAUUCUUUACGCAUGUUCAGUUCAUGAUCACCAAGCCAGGGCUGAACCUUUAUGACCCGAAGCAGUUCCCCUUCUUUGCGAUCGCACAGAGCGAUCAAGCGAUAGCUCACAUUUCGGUUCCCAUCAGCAAAGUCCUCCGAGUGGCCCAGCAUCUGCCUCCUCCCUCAUGUCGCAUCGUCAUGAUCUGGAGCCCGGGGCGAUGCGGCUCGACGCUCCUCACGCAGCUGCUUCACCUUCACCCGAGCGUGGUGACCAUCUCCGAGCCUGCCGCGCUCUUCAACUUGUCUCGCCUCCUCGCUCCCUCGCAUGCCCGCCCGGAUUGUGGCGAUUAUGGCAGAAAGGAUACGCGGCAACUGAUGGAGGCCGUAACGAAGUUGAUGCUUAAGGACUUCAUAGGGCAGCAAGUAGUCUGUAUCAAGACCAUCACGACAUCAAUGUGCUUGGCUGAAACCUUCCGCGAUUCGUUCCCGGAUUCCAAGGCAAUCUUUCUCUAUCGCGAUGCUAAGCCCUCUGUCGCCUCCUUCUUCAAGACCUUCAGCAUCAACAACGAUCCCUAUGUUGAGAAGCUCAAGCCACACUGGCGGCUCUACUCGCUCAAGGACCAGCUCGUCCUCCUAUGGGUGAGCAUGCGCAGCUCUCGCGAUCACGCGCUCUGGAGGCAGUGCUGGCAGAUGCGAUGGCGCUGGUUCGCGCUGGUGCCGCGACGUCUCGCCUGGCUGACCUCGCUCGGCUUCUGUCGCACCAUGCACGCGCCAGCCAUGGACGUCUGCGUGUUCUGGACGAGCAUGAUGCGCUGGGGGCUGGACUUGCUGCACAAGAGCGACGGGUGGAUCCGCUCCCUCAAGUACGACGAGAUGGUGGCGAAGCCGCAGGCGGUGGCGGAGGCGCUGUUUGAGCUCUGCGGGCUACAAGUGCACGAGGAGAUGAUGGCGAGGCUGCAGCAGAUCAUGAGCGAAGACUCGCAGAAGAACUCCAAGGCAGCCCGAGAGCUGCUGGAGGACGUGAAGCUCGAAUUCACCCAAGAGAGGCUAGAUAGAUAUGAGUUCGUAUUCAAGGCCUUUGGGUAA